GUGGACGCCAAGGGUGUUUUGGAUGCUGUCGAGAAACAGAACAUCACGUUUUUUGACUUUUGGUUUGUGGACAUCUUCGGCGAGCUGCACCGCGUAGGGAUGCCGUCGUAUGCAAUAGACGAGGAGAGCUUCCGGCACGGCCUUGAGAAGCUGGAUGCCAGCUCCAUAGUGGGAUUCAAGCAGAUCAACCACUCAGACAUGAUACUAAAGCCGGAUCCGGGCACUUUUCAGAUCCUGCCUCCGGAUUACGACAACGGCCAGAGAAAGAACGCGCGCAUGAUCUGUGAUCUGUACGAGAGCAACACAUCGUCGACGUCGCGCUACAACAGGGACUCCCGGGGCAUAGCCCACAAGGCGGCCGAGGCGUUCUCCCAGAAGGGAAUAACACACACCAAUUGGGGGCCGGAGCUCGAGUUCUUUGUGUUUGAUGCGAUCAACGUGUACCCGUCGCCCUUUGCCGCCACCCACUCCUACGGCGGCUCGGGUUACUCGAUCGAGUCAAAGGAGUCGCCCUGGGCCAAGGGAAACGUAAGCACCGCCAUAGCCAUCAAGGAGGGAUACUACCCGUCGCAGCCAAAGGACACACUGGAGACGUUCCGGAAGGACGUCUGUGACGAUCUCUACAAGUACUUCGGGAUCAGGAUCGAGGCGGAGCACCACGAGGUUGCGACAUCGGGCCAGUGCGAGAUCAAUCUGGCAUACGGUGAGAUGAAGGCCAUGGCAGACAGCAUAAUCACGGUAAAGAACGUCGUCAAGGUAAAGGCAAAGCGAAGAAACACGGUCGCAACGUUCAUGCCAAAACCGAUCUUCGGGGACAACGCCUCUGCCAUGCACAUGCACCAGAGCCUCUGGAACGACAACAUCAACGUCAUGUUUGACCCCGAUGAUCCGGUGGCGCAGCUCAGCCAGACGGGGCGCUACUACAUUGGCGGAAUUCUGGAUCACGCAAGGGCGCUGUGUGCGAUCUCAAACCCCACCACCAACUCCUACAAGAGGCUGGUGCCUGGGUUUGAAGCCCCGGUGCACCUGUGCUGGGGGAUAGGCAACAGAUCCGCCGCAAUCCGGGUUCCCAUGUACAACAGGAACCAGGAGCGGAGCAAGAGGAUAGAGUACAGGGUGCCGGAUCCCACCGCGAACAUCUACCUGCUGGAGGCGGCGCUUCUGCUGGCGGGCUUGGACGGGAUAACACGGAAGCUGGAUCCCGGCGAUCCGGUGGAUGAGAACGUCUACAAGCUCUCUGCAAGCAAGAGGCGGGAAUACGGCAUAGGUGCCCUGCCGCUGUCGCUCAAGGGGGCGCUGGACUCGCUCUCAAGCGACAACGGGUUUUUGGUAUCCACGUUUACCAAGGACUUCUUGGACAGGUACAUGGAGCUCAAGUACGGCGAAUACACCGCGUUUGCCCAGACCCCCACACCGUGGGAGGUUUCGAUGUAUGCCGACAGCUGA